CUCAACGCAAACAUAGUAGGCCUCGUAGAAGUGUUGUUUCUAACAGUAAUCCGGAAGCGGGCACCGGAAUUGACACCGCAAUGCCUGACUUUCCGCCACAAAUAACCGCUGAUGGGUCUGCUGAUUAUUAUUUGGAUAGUUUAGUUUUGCAUGACGUUAGCGUAGAUACAGUCAGUAGUAGACCAACUAUUUCUGACACUGAUGGUGAUGGUAUUAGCGAUAAUGGUGUUAGUUUAUCAGACCUUGUGGGUAUAGAGGUUGUAAGUGAUGAUGAUGGUGACUAUUUAACAACAUCAUCUUCUAAAACAUUCCCAGAAAGCACCUUCGUACCCGACGAUGAAACUACUCUCCCAACAUAUUCCGCUUUGUUUGUCUCGUCUUCAAACGCUGCUCCUUCUAUUCCCUAUCCAUCUUCCUCUUUAUCACAAUCACAUCCAUCGCCAUCGCCUUCCACCGGCACCAGUUCCGAACCAGCGGCAGAUGUUGAAUAUGACCAAAAUUCAUACGUCUUCGAGGAACAACCGACCGACAGACAGGAGGAUGAAAUUUUUACCACUAAUGAUAACGGCAUAGCAUAUGUUUCAACCAACAAUGAUCCUGAUUUAAUCACAAAUAAUUCAUUUGAUGUGGAAUUAACUGCUCCGAGACUGAGGUCCUUGCCAGCCACUGAUUUUCCUUUUCCGACGACGGAACAGCCCGAGCAACCCAUGGAAGUGGAUGAUAUCUUCCUAAUAAACGACCAGCAGAAGCUCCGUUUUGUUGAGGAAGAAAAAUUACCGAAUGAUGAUCCAUCAGCCUUGUACGAGCAUUUUGGCGAGGCAGAAGCUGGUAUGGAUGUGGAACUCAUCAGCCUCGAGGAUGGACCUAUUAGUGGCGAAGAGAUGCGAAAGGCAAAAAGUAAGCUGUUCUACAAGAACGUACAACGAUUAGACGAGCUGGAAGAGCAGGAUGUGGAAAAGGUCGAAAUUCACACCCUUCCAUCGACUAAUGAGAUCAAAACCCAGCCGCCUCCAUCAAGUCCACGACCAUCAGAACCGGCGAUGGUUAAUGCUAUUCCUGUUACGUUGACCCCUCAUGUUCCCGUUUAUCUGAUUCAGGAAGGUAAUGGUACCAGUCAAGAAAAGACGGAUUCUGGUCAGUUGCCACGAUUGUUGGUUAACAUUUCCAUCGCAUCCGACCAUGGAAGUGGCACAGUACAACACUCGGUUUAUGUUCUGCAAGUGACUAUACCCACUCCAGCGGAAAACAUUCCACCGCCAAAAUCUCAAACUGAACAAGCUACUGCGUGUCCACCUGAACCCCCACCUGCUCCACCCUGUCCUAUAAAAUGCCCAAAUUCCUCUUUUUUCGAAAAAUACCGUGUUUUAAGCAUAAUCGAUGAUGAGAGCAACAGCACAGAGCUGGAAGAGGAGUCCUCGGAUGAAUCAGCCUUGCUUGAAUCUUCCACUGAUUUUACCACAACCACAACCAGCAGUAGCAGCAGCAACAAUUUUUCAACAACGGUCAGCGAAUACGAGUCCCCAGCGACUGUCACCCAACUUCCAGAAAUUUUACCUACAUGCCCGGAACUUAAACCGGCACCAAUUUUGAUCCUGGAAGGUGAGACAAUUCACACACAACGUUCUCAAUCCACUAACGAACAUCUGUAGCAACGCAAAAAUGCAAAGUUGAGCAUCAUCCCUCCCAAGCGUCGAACAACUUUGCGCCGCUCUCUGUACAUACAAAAAGGCUCAUACAUAGAUUAAGGUGACGAUGCCGACGCGGCGAGGCCGGCAAACGAGACCAACCCGAGGCAAAAAUCCCAAGGAUUCUAAACUUCUCCGGCGAACUAACAUUCAUUCUCGAAAGCCAUCCUCCUAGCAAGUGCUAACCAGAAAUCGCAUUGACAUUCCGCACUUUUUGUUGUCACCAACCAGUGUACACACCUCGCUCCUUGUCUAUAGAAUCUCCAAACAUUCCCCUCUUAAUUCCUUCACCAACCUACCCACCCUAUUAUACUGUGUGUGUGGUGUGUGGAAAAAUGCUUUGCAUGCUUCACUUUGCCUUUAAAUUGUGUCUCCAGCAGUGAAGGAACCACUGCUGGAGGAAUUAAUGAUUAUUCAACCAACGCGCUCAUCAACUUUCCCAAAGUAUUAAACCUAGUCAUGCCCUAGUCUUUCGUCGUGUUGGAGUUUACUAACAUUUCUGUCUUCUGUCUUCCUUUUUUCUCUCUUCUUCCUAUCUAUGCUAAACGCAAAAAAAAUGCAACCUGUAUGCACUUUGGGACGCAUUGGAUUUUCCACUCCAAUUCCUUUUCGACAAAAACA